AUGCGACACGGCACGCGCAAGAGCGCGUACAACCGACGGCAACUGUGCCCGAUCAGCAGGUCGGUCGCAGCAACUCCAGCCGCAAUCGGCCGACUUGUCUGGCUAUCUUUGUCUUUCUCCCUCUCGCUCUGUUCAUCACUCACCUCCACCAACCCGCGAUCAACCACACGUCCGCAUUCGGGUUACACCAGUCUCGUCUUUGGGUUUAUGAGACAAUCACCUAGGUACCGUUCUGCCUCGGUUGCCAUUGCCGUUAUCAAUAGAAGGAAUCGCUUAUGCCAUUCAAGAGCAAAAUUCGACCAUCCUCCGGCCCCACGCAUCCUUGGAACAGCCGCAUCAGAUCGCAUCAUCCUAGGCGGUUAUUGGUCUCUCCGUCAAUCAUUUUGUCGUAACAUUGUCUUCUAUCUCGCGCCUUUUCUCCGCGCGCCGUUUCUUCGCAACCCUUGCCAACUAACACUAACAUGGGCCACGAUACUUCACGCCAAUCAACCACCAAUGAUUAUGGCCUCCAACGUAUUCGAAACAGACGACGGAUCUACGAUUCCUCAACUCGAAACGCAGCGAGUUACCCUAUCUAGGAACUCCCGAAACUGGGGCGCGUGGAUGAGGAUGAGCAACCUCUCGGCUUACGCUCGCACCAGGUGCCGCACUGCCAGACCCCCCAUGCUCACUGUUCUGCUCGAAUUUUGUUGCAUGGAUAUCGGAAACCUCCUUCUCCUUUACCGCCAAGACGAAAUCCUUCAACUCCCGAGUCCCCCGCACGAGCCGGGCAAGUCGGCAAGCGGAGUUGAUGCCUCUUCAAGUUUUGACUCUUGCGCCAGCAAAAGUAUGCUAAAGGCAGUUGUUACAACCACUGCCACCAGAGAAGCAACCAUGCCCGGUAUGUUUCACCGGUUGCUGGCAUGGUUCGCUGCAGUUUGCGACAAUUUCCGUGGCGCAUCUGUCCGAAAGUUUCUCCAAGUUGACAACUCAGGCAACCCAAGGUACCGCACGUCAACCGAGCACCAGCACCAACAAGGCAACUGGCAUGCGGGUAAAUGCCGCGAGAUACCCUCUAUCUUCGUUGCACACGCUUCCAUGAACACGGGAGGUAGCAAUGAACACGGGCAGCGGACGGACCGUACCUGGCAGGUCCUUCAUCUCGAUCACCUUCCUCACUGCUUCUAA